AUGUCGCUCUCGGACCUUUCCACUGAAAUCGACGAGAUGAUCAUACAAUACCUCCCGCAUCACGCCCUUCACAACCUGACGCUUACGAACAAGUACUAUCGCAAAAUAGCGGAGCCGUAUCUUUACGGGAACGUCCAAGUACGCAGUUCGAACAUCCUCUCCGUACCACGUCUUCUACUGACUCUUAUCAGCCGCAGAGAGCUCUCACAGCACAUCCGGAGCUUCGCCUUCGAUAUUGCUAACGAGCAAUGGGAAGCAGACCUUCACUAUCUUAGCUACUACGAUCCGAACAAUACCAUCGAGAAGGUCAGCAAAGACCUCUCCAAAAAGUCAUCAGAGGUACAGAAGGCUCUCAGGGACCUUGCGUACCCAUUGAAAGAGCCUCUGUUUGACGUGACGUGGUACUACAAUGUGUCCAGAGAGAUUUGGACUAUAGAUGCUUCGCUGGCUCUCAUACUCUGUCUCGCAACCAACCUCGAACACCUCCGGCUGAUGAACAUGAGUUCUGCGAUCAUCGAAGCCGUCUGCCCCGCACGCUGGCAAAGACUCACCAAAAGCGCGUCCUUGGGAGUCUGGCCUUUGAAAAGGUUGAAGAGCCUAGAGGUAGUCGUUGGUAACGAUGCGUCUAUUCCAAUAUUGGCACCUGUCCAGACCCUGAAGAGGGUCUAA